AAGUCAGUAUUUGGUACGUUUGUUACCGCUCUAGACCACAGAGCUCUACUCUAGACAUUGUCGCUUGCGCUGCGACCAAGUGAACACGCAUUUCAGUUCGCAUAGAAACGUUUCGAUUUACGCGCGUGUAUAUCAAUAUUUAAAAAAAAACGUUGUUAUAAACGGGAUUGUUCAUUUGUUUGUAUUUACAAGUUAUAAAAAAAGCCACAAUGAACGCGAUGGAGAUGAAAGUGUCAGACGUCAGUAUGCAUCAUCACGAUCAUGACCAUGACCACGGGCACGGCGACGGCUGCAUGUCAUCACAUGCUAUGACGUUCCACGUUGGUGUAUGUCAGGAAAUCCUUUUUAAUGGCUGGAAGACGACAACGGGACUGGAACUCUUCGGGUCCGCGGUUGCAAUUUUCCUCGCAGGGGUCUUGUAUGAGGGUCUCAAGUACUACAGAGAGGCCUUACAUACUAAAGCAACUACAGCAACUGGGGACUCGCAAGUUAAUAUUACUAAGAACGAAUGCGGUAACCAGGGAUCUUGUGGCGGUACUGCUGUUGUCAAAUAUUCAAUGCUGUCAAUUGGUCACAUAAUCCAGACUUUACUACACUUCGUGCAAUCGACAGCAUCCUACGUCCUGAUGUUGGUGUUCAUGACGUACAACGUGUGGCUCUGUCUCGCGCUAGUACUGGGCCUGGCUGUCGGAUACUUCUUCUUCGGCUGGAGGAAGACAACAGUCGUUGACGUCACAGAACAUUGCCAAUGAUUUGAUUAUAAGGACUGGAUUAAUUGAUAAAAUGCAAAACAUUUGAGUAACUGAUUUUAAAAACAUGACUUUAAUAAAACAAUCUGUAUUAUCAAAAGUCUAGUGUUAUUGCACUAUACAUUUUAUUAGUUUUAUAAAAUUGAUCCAGUCCCGUUUCAAAUUGUAACAGUAUUUUGAAGCUAAUUUACCUUAAAAAUGACCAAUUUAUCUACAUGUGGCGCCACUGUCGACAAUGUUAACUGUAUUAUCGACAGUGGCGCCGUCAACAAUGGCUUGCCACGACUGUAGUUAUAAUUUUCAACACAUUGAAGAUGAAUUGGUCAAAUAAUAAGUAACGAUUUAAUGUUUGAGAAAUAAUGCAUUGAAUUAAUGAAGCCAUACAUAGUACAGAUAUUUUACUCUUGCCAGUUAACGAAUGUUUUAUUAAAAUUAUCAUGGAAACGUGUUCGGAGAAACCAACGGCUAGGAAUCACUAUUUAGCGAAUUAUCAUAUUAAGUUUGUGAAAGACAAGAAACUAAACAUAAAUACUACGGAAUAUUUUAAGUACUUUUCAUUCAGUUUAAUGUAACUUAAGUGCCAAAACGUAUCAAGGUAAAUGGCCAUGACAGUGUCUUCCGUUUUAUAAUUGUUUUUAAACUAUGUAAGAAGAAAACUUGUUAUUGUUAACAGUAUUUAUAGCCUGACCAGAAAGAUAGAAACCCUCGCUAUGUUGCGGAAAAUUAUGGAACUAAUAUCUUUGCUUGAACGGAGCAAUCCCAGAUCAUGGUUUUCAAUUUGGUUAGGCAAAGUUUUUGUAAAAGAGAGUUAUAUAAUCUUACUACUUAUGUAUUGUUUAUUCCAUUAUCUUAAUAUUUUAAGCAUGAUAAUAGUUUUCUUAAUAUAAGAAUUGAAUGAACUAUGUUGACUUUUAGUAUUAUAUAGAAAAAGAACCAAUUUUAAGACAUGUCUACGUGUAAUUAGGUAAAAAUUGUUACGACAAAGUCAAGACAAGACUAGUAUAUUGCCUAAAAAUGUGAAAAUUACUUUUCAUUGUAUUCAAAUGGACCGAUUUUUAUAUAUUUACAAACAUUAUAAAUAAAAUCGAAAGCAAUAUUUAAAAUACUUAUUAUAUAUUUUUUUAAUAUACAUUGAUUUAUUGAUAUUGUUUGUUAUUUUUUAUUUUGUGAUAUUAAGCAAAGUGGUUUAUAGUUUUAAAUUGUACUAUCGCAAA